GUGGAGCCGCGGGGUCGGCGCCGCUCGGCGCUGUGCGGCGACCGCCGGGAGCGCGCUUUUGUUCUCCGCGACUCCGCCCUCGGACCCCGCGAGUUAGCCUGCGGCCGCCCCGGCCAGCAGAACCUGGGCGCCGCGAGCCCUCCCGGGCGGUGGGCGAGGCCUCGCGCGGCCGACACCCUGCCGCAGCAGCGUCCCUGGGGCUGGGCCGCCGCGGGUUCUCUUCCAGUGUCACCGCCCGGGGCGGCGGAGGGCCGGCUGGCGGCCGAGUGUGUGGUUGGAAAGGGCGACGUACGUGCUGUAGGGUGUUUGCUCCCCGCUCGCUUCCCUCCCUCUCCCCGGGGUGCUGGGAUGUCCCUGCCGCUCGGGCAACACUACUUCUGGGGCCCGGACUGAAAGGCUAACCGUGGAAUAGUCUCUCCGAGUGAAGGAAGCCGUCGUUUGAGACGAUUAGAACUGGAUUCUGCAAAGCUCUGGAACCUGACUGUAGGGAUGACCUCUGAGCUGCCCAGAAUGGACACAGUAAUGACCAAAUAGGCCUUUUUCCGUCCCUGACAUUUCCAUUUGGAGGUAGAGCUAGGAAACAAGGACUCCGAGAAGGGAGGGUUGCAGAUCAGAUCGGCUCUGGAUCUGAUGCUCCACGCUCUGCUGUGCCUUUGAACUGCCAUUUCUAUGGAACGAUGUUGCCUGAGCUCUCGGGCUUGCUUUCCAAAGUGUGACUUGUAAUGUGCAUUAUUAAAGUUCGGUGAGCGCUGGUGUCUCAGCUCUUCAUGCAGUUUCCAUGUCAUUCUGUACAUGAUUUGACUUAGGUCUCUCAAGACUGGUGGGGAGCAAACACUACACAUGUACAUGUGUAAUAUUUUAAAAUAAUAAUUUACAUUUGUAAGUUAAGGAGGUUUACAUUAAAAUAAAUCUAAUUUUAAAUUUUAAUAAAAUGCAAUAAUUUGGGUUCCCUGGUAUUUUUGCCCCCCCCCCUUGGUCACCAUUACAAAAGUCAGCAUUAAAAAAUCAGGCAGACUUUUGUCGCUUAAAAUAUUUGCUUCUGUGACCCCAAAUCUGAGUAUUUUAAGUAAAAGUAACCGACUCACUCGUUUUCUGACAGUUGUACGUUGACAGCAUUUUCAUUGAAUCUUUUCAUGUUAAAAGUAUAACAGAAAGUGCUUUUCUUGUCCUUGGGUUGAUGAGGGACCUAUUGGUCCAUGCCAGAGAAGCAUGGGUGUGUCCUCAUCUGUGUUAUUUCCUGGGGUAUCAAGUUCAAAAGGAAGUACUGACACGCGUCUUCUAAUGGUUUUUGCCUGUUCCAGUGAACCUUCCUACACUGCAUGUAUAUGUCGCUGUUCCUAUGUAUGUGUGUCUCUCUACCACAUAACCCAGCACUUAUUUCCUCAGCCAAGUGGCUAGGGGCGAGAGCCUAGCCAAGAUUUUACCUUCCAUGGACGCAAGUUUCUUUGAUGAAGAUCUCUCCUGAGAGUUCGGGACUAGCAGAAAGAAGCGAGGAAAUUUCGACCGUUUGGUUCUUACGGAUAGGUAUUUAUGUAUUCGGUUUGUGUGAAUGUAAGCUAUGAUGUUUAACUUUUCAGAAAAAAAGUUUUUUGUUUUUUUGUUUUUUUACAAGUGGCAUUGAAUGGUUAAUCAAACCAUGCACGGUAAGAACUGCUAGUGAGGCAGAUGCCAUUUACACUUUAAAGGAUUGUCUGCCUUUAAUUAUGAGUUUUAUCGUGCUAUACAGUGGAGUUACACUUUUUUAAGAUAACUUGAGUUAAACAGUAGGAGAGAUGACUAGCCACAUGAAGUGUAAGUCUGAGCAGUUUUGCAUUUCCCUUAAUACUUUUACUUUAUUAUUUUAAUCGGUAAGUACACACAUCGAGUGCCACACGCCACCAGCCUAGGCGGUGACUUCUGUGUGCUGACCAGUGUAUUCGCAUUACAGAUACGAUGGGCGUGGUCACCUGCAUGACCUCUCUGCGUAUGAUGCCGAGUAUGCCACUUGGAACCGAGACUACCAGCUAUCUGAAGAGGAGGCGCGGGUAGAGGCGCUGUGUGAUGAAGAGAGAGGAAGAAUACAAGCGGCUGAGUGAGGCGCUGGCAGAGGAUGGGAGCUACAGUGCCGUGGGUUUCACUUACGGCAGUGACUAUUACGACCCAUCCGAGCCAACGGAAGAGGAGGAGCCUUCAAAACAGAGAGAAAAAAGCGAGGCUGAAAAUUUGGAGGAAAAUGAAGAGCCUUUCAUUGCCCCUCUAGGACUGAACGUCCCAUCUGACGUGGAGUUGCCACCAACAGCCAAGAUGCAUGCCAUCAUCGAGCGUACAGCCAACUUUGUGUGCAAGCAGGGAGCACAGUUUGAAAUAAUGCUGAAAGCCAAGCAGGCACGGAACUCGCAGUUUGAUUUCCUGCGCUUUGAUCACUACCUCAACCCCUACUACAAAUUCAUCCAGAAAGCUAUGAAGGAGGGGCGGUACACAGUGCUGGCAGAGAACAAGAGUGAAGAAAAAAAGAAGUCAGGCACAAACUCUGACAAUGAAGAUGAGGAUGAUGAGGAAGAUGGGAGCUACCUACACCCGUCUCUCUUCGCCUCCAAGAAGAGCAGCCGCCUGGAAGAGCUGAUGAAGCCCUUGAAGGUGGUGGACCCGGAUCACCCCCUGGCAGCCCUGGUCCGUAAAGCACAGGCUGACAGCUCUGCCCCAACCCCAGCUGCAGACGGGGCGCCUGUGCAGCCCUCCCAGGUGGAGUACACGGCAGACUCACCCGUGGCUGCCAUGUACUACAGCUACUACAUGUUGCCCGACGGAACCUACUGCCUGGCACCACCCCCUCCAGGGAUCGACGUGGCCACUUACUAUAGCACCCUUCCUGCUGGGGUGACCGUGUCCAGCUCUCCCAGUGUGACGACAGCUGCCCCGCCGCCUCCUGGGACCACACCACCACCUCCCCCAACCACAACUGAAGCGAGCAGCGGCACCUCCUCCUCCACCACCACAAGUGCACUUGCUCCCGUGGCCGCCAUCAUCCCCCCACCCCCCGACAUUCAGCCUGUGAUUGACAAGCUGGCGGAGUACGUCGCUAGGAAUGGCCUUAAAUUUGAGACCAGCGUUCGUGCCAAGAAUGACCAGAGAUUCGAGUUCCUGCAGCCGUGGCACCAGUACAAUGCCUACUAUGAGUUUAAGAAGCAGUUCUUCCUCCAGAAAGAAGGCAGUGAAGGCACACAGGCUGUGGCAGCCCCAGAAGAGGCCCCUGCAGAAUCCGCUCCUGAAAAGCCAGGCGAGACUGGGGAUGUUGGCGUGCCCGAGGACACAGGCGAGGCAGGGGGUCGAAGCUCAGGCGGGAAGAAGGAAGCUUCGUCCAGUAAGAGCGCUGCGGACGGGAAGCUGGUAAAAGCUUCAUUUGCUCCAAUAAGCUUUGCAAUCAAGGCCAAAGAAAAUGAUCUACUUCCCUUGGAAAAAAACCGAGUUAAGCUAGAUGAUGACAGUGACGAUGAUGAUGAAGAAAGCAAAGAAGGCCAAGAAAGUGCUAGUAGUGCCGCCAACGCUAGCCCGGCCACAGCCCCGCCUUGUGUAGUUGUCGAGGAAAAGAAGCCCCCGCUUACCCAGGAGGAGCUAGAAGCAAAGCAAGCAAAGCAGAAGCUGGAGGACCGCCUUGCUGCUGCUGCCCGGGAGAAACUGGCCCAGGCAUCCAAGGAGUCGAAGGAGAAGCAGCUUCAGGCAGAACGUAAAAGGAAAGCAGCCUUAUUUUUGCAAACUUUAAAAAAUCCUCUGCCAGAAGCAGAAGUUGGAAAGAUUGAGGAGAGUCCUUUCAGUGUAGAGGAAGCCAGUGCUGUGCCCUGUCCUGUACUGACUGGAGGCAGACCUCUGCCUACUUUAGAAGUGAAGCCACCAGAAAGGCCUUCAAGCAAAAGCAGAGAUCCACCGAGAGAAGAAGAAAGAGAAAAGAAAAAGAAAAAGCACAAAAAACGGUCUCGAACUAGGUCACGCUCUCCCAAGUACCAUGCAUCUUCCAAGUCCAGGUCUAGGUCACACUCAAAAGCCAAGCACGCACUUCCCAGUGCCUACCGGACAGUGCGGCGGUCGAGGUCACGCUCCCGGUCCCCUCGGAGGAGAGCUCACUCCCCUGAGAGACGGCGGGAAGACAGGAGCGUCCCUACUGCCUACCGCAUGAGCAGCAGCCCCGGAGCCAGCAGGAAGCGAACUCGAUCCAGAAGUCCCCAUGAGAAGAAGAAGAAGAGGCGAUCGCAGUCACGGACCAAGGCUAAGGCGCGGUCACAGUCAGCGUCCCCGAGUAAGCAGGCAGCACUACGGCCUGCAGCCCACUCAGCACACUCGGCCAGCAUCUCUCCUGUGGAGAGCCGGGGCUCCAGCCAGGAGCGCUCCAGGGGCGUUUCUCAGGAAAAGGACGGUCAGAUCUCUUCGGCAAUCGUUUCUUCCGUGCAGAGCAAAAUAACUCAGGAUCUCAUGGCCAAAGUCAGAGCAAUGCUCGCAGCUUCCAAAAACCUGCAAACCAGCGCCUCCUAAGGCAGCGGCCAUGGAGCCAGCCUACUGCACGACCCGAAGCCCUGUGUGGCCCGCAGCUUGGAGCCACCGCCGCGGAAGUCGGAGUGGAAGAGCUUGCUGCUGGCAGGCCCGGGGCAGAACCGUCCAGGCUCACCACCCAAGACUCUGGGGACAGUUGGUGGCUUUUGUAAAUUAAUUUUUGAUGACAUUUUCAGUUUAAGAUUUUUGACCAGCAGUCUCUUACUUGUAUAUUUGUAAAUAAUAUCAUGUUUCUGUGAAAAUGUAUUAUCAAAUAAAAUGGAAGAAACACCUUUUCUAGCUGGCA